AUGGAGGGAAUAGACGACAUCCUCGCCUCCGUGGACCGGGAUAGCUUCUCGUCUCCCGAAGCGACGACCGUGGACCAUCAGCAAUUGACGCGGCUUUGGGUUGCUGAGCGGGCAGUUCCUGAGCUGUUACCAUGGCCCGGCCCGCUGAUGGAUAGGAUGAUGGAGAGAGUCUCGAAGCAGAUAUCGAAAAUAGAAGACCUCUCGAUCUCCGCGUCUGACGCCACGACGAGCGCGGGGAAUACAAACCACAACCCAACAUUGAAUCUCACAUUGUCUAUCCUACAAUCCGAUCUGGCGCGGACACAGUUUCUUAUACGCUCAAUUCUGCGACAGCGACUAUCAAAACUCACCCGGUACAGUAUAUACUACCUACGGAUAUCCAUGACCCAGCAGCCAUCGCAGGGACAAACUCCCAGGACCCUCGACAGGGACGCGGGCUCGCUUCUAUCAGACAAGGAGCUCCAGUUUCUACGCACCCAUCAGUCGCUAUUAACAAUGCAUUACAAUGCUUCGUUUCUGUCUACGUUCCCGCCCAACUUGAAACGACUGGACGACAACGUUGGCGGAACGAAUAUGGUUGUCGCACCGGAGAAUAAGGAGGUGGUAUUUGUCAGGUGUUUGGGCGAGGAGGUCAGAAUUGUUAUACCUGCUGUUGAGGGAGCAGGAGAUGACGGUAUGGCUGGGCUAGAGUCCUACGGGAAUAGGAUGGAGAGAGGAGAGGUCUGGGUCGUCAGGUGGGAGGGAGUUAAGGAUGCGUGGAAAAGGGGGGAUAUCGAAAUACUUUGA